AUGCAAGUAAAUUAGCUUUAAUUCUCAAGUUAGCUUUCAUAAAAAAAUAAUGUAAAAAGUACUUAAUUUGUUCUCAGAAAAUUAGAAAAUAAGUAUGCGAAAACAUAGAUUGAAUUAUAAUCAAAAAGCAAAUUAAUCAAGCAAAACCCAAAUAAUUAAUAAGUUUAAACUGUUUUUACAGAAGAUGAAGUUUCAAAUUUGAGAUACGAAUACUACUUGCUAAAGUAGAGUUAAGACUUGAUGCACUAAUAGUCUCAAUUUCAUUAAAAAAUGAAGGAUAAAUAUCAAAUAAAUGAUAAGAAAUAAACCAAUUUUGAAACCAAAUUUUGA